AUGAGGCAUUUACCGUUCACCGUAGGAUCAUCGUUGGUAGAAGUUUGGCACAAUGGCCGGACACGGCCAGGCGCUCCAGAGUCAUCGUGCGUUGAAGCCAUUCGUCUUACGUUGGCCGGCCAAGGGUUGAGCAGCGAGAGUUGUAACCAGACUGCAAGUUGGAUGGGAUUCCAAUUUCUUCCAUCUCGCCUUUCCAUCAUCAUCGACAUCCGGUAUGAUAUUCCAUUAAUUACUGUGCAUGUGUUUUGUUUUCGUCCGUGUGAUUUUGCUGCUGCAGGAGGACAUGGUCGAGCUCCCGAAGCAUCUCCUGGAAAUGCUGCUGCUGCAGCUCCUGGAAUUGCUUCUGCUGCAGGACGUGGACGAGCUCCCGAAGCAGCUCCUGUAAAUGCUGCUGCUGCAGCUCCUGUAUUUGCUGCUGCUACAGAACGUGAUCAGGCGCCCAAUGCAGCUCCUGGAAUUGCUGCUGCAGGAGAACGUGGUCAAGCUCUCAAUGCAGCUCCUGGAAAUGCUGCAGCUCCAGGAAUUGCUCCUGCUACAGGAGGACGUGGUCGAGCUCCCAAUGCAGCUCCUGCAAAUGCUGCAGCACCUGGAAUUGCUGCUGCUGCAGGACGUGGAAGAGCUCCCAAUGCAGAUCCUGUAAAUGCUGCUGCUGCAGCUCAUUGA